AAGUGACCAUGACUUAAAUAUUGCCUGAAGUAAAAACCUAACUGAAGAACCUGUAUGAUAUGAUUUUAAGGAAAAGGCAACUUUAAAGGGAGACCAUACAUGAGUCAGUAUACAGCAGUGCAAAAUAAAGUCCUGAAAAGUUGUAGCUUUCGUUAUUCAUAAGGUUUUUAAAGCAUUUAGGAAUCUUAAUAUGAAGAGAAUGGUGAAGUAAAUUCUAGAGUAAAUCAAAAGAAAUAAAAAAUUGUUUUCUAAUCUAGAAGUCACUCCCACUUUAAGUUGUAUACAGAAUUUCAAUAUUUUGUUUCUCUUCCUGUGAGUAGUUUUGACCUAUUUAUAGGUAGCAGAAAGAUAUAAACAGGUAAGGUAAACAGACACAAAGCCCACUUUUUUCUUUUUAUAUUGUCAUGCUAUUCCUACUACACAACUGAUCAACACAAUUGCAGUGUCAGAACCCUAGAGACAACUGCUGUCAAAAAUUAUGGAUUAUAACCUUUCUUUCUCUUUAGCCUCAAUACCUUAUGCUCAGAAUGGUAGAAACCUAGUUAGAAUCCCAAAUCUUUUCUUAAUAGAAUUUCAUAGAAAAAAAAAAAACAUACCUUACAAAAAAUACUUUGAGAAGUUUAUAGACAACUGAAAUAUGAACCAUUUCCACCCACACACACACAAAAAAGCUCAGUUUGUGCCCUACCACAUUCAGUCCACAAUUAGGCAACAUUUAUUAAAAGGUAUGGAACAAUUAUUUUCUUUUUUACUGAAAUAACAGUAACAAAGCAGACGAAGUUAAUGGUUUUAAAAGCUUCUGUGAUUCAAGUAUAGACAAAGUGACCAAUAGAACAGUGUCCAAUAAUAGGUCCAAAAUAUAUGGUCAUCUCAUUUGUGAAAAGGAUAAUACUGCAAUGUAAUGGGACAAAGAUAGUGAAUUCAAGAAAGAUGCUGAGGCAAAUGGAUUAUCUAUUGGGAUAAAAUGUAUCGUGACCCCUACCUCACACCAUGAGCAAAAAUCAUUCCCUGAUGGAUUAGCAGAAUUAACUAUGCAAGGAAGAAAUGUCUUCUGUAAAAAGAAGUCCAAACCAAGAAAUUACAUCCCAAUUUCACUAUUCAGCUGCAGAAGGAGAUAUUGCCAGGUUAACAGUAAUGCUCAGUCAUUCUCCAUCUCUUCUCAAUGAAACUUCUGAAAAUGGCUGGACUGCUUUAAUGUAUGCUGCAAGGAAUGGGCACCCAGAUGUUGUCCAGUUUCUGCUUGAGAAAGGGUGUGACAGAUCCAUUAUCAAUAAAUCAAGGCAGACUGCACUGGAUAUUGCUAAAUUUUGGGGUUAUAAGCAUAUAGCUAAUUUACUAGCUAAUGCUAAAGGUGGGAAGAAGCCUUGGUUCCUAACCAGUGAAAUGGAAGAAUGUGAAAAUUAUUUUAGCAAGACACUACUGGACCGGAAAAGUGAAAAAAGAAAUAAUUCUGACUGGCUGUUAGCAAAAGAAAGCCAUCCAGCCACAGUUUAUAUCCUUUUCUCAGAUUUAAAUCCCUUGGUUACUCUAGGUGGCAAUGAAGAACGUUUCCAACAGCCAGAAGUCAGGCUUUGUCAGCUGAACUACACAGAUAUAAAGGAUUAUUUGGCUCAGCCUGAGAAGAUCACCUUGAUUUUCCUUGGAGUAGAACUUGAAAUGAAAAAAGAGUUAUUUAAUUAUGCUGGGGAAGUCUCACAAGAAAAAGAUGCAGAAAAAGAUGCGUUGGUUGCCUGGUUUGCUUUAGGUAUAGAUCCUGUUGCUGCUGAAGAAUUUAAGCAAAGACAUGAAAAUUGCUAUUUUCUUCAUCCUCCAAUGCCAGCUCUUCUGCAAUUGAAAGAAAAAGAAGCUGGGGUUGUAGCUCAAGCAAGAUCUGUCCUCGCCUGGCACAGUCGAUAUAAGUUCUGCCCAACCUGUGGAAGUGCAACUAAAAUUGAAGAGGGUGGCUAUAAAAGAGUAUGCUUAAAAGAAGACUGUCCUAGUCUCCAUGGUGUUCACAAUACAUCAUAUCCAAGAGUUGAUCCAGUAGUAAUCAUGCAAGUUAUUCAUCCAGAUGGGACCAAAUGUCUUUUAGGCAGGCAGAAAAGAUUUCCUCCAGGCAUGUUUACCUGCCUUGCUGGAUUUAUUGAACCUGGGGAGACAAUAGAAGAUGCUGUUCGGAGAGAAGUAGAAGAAGAAAGUGGAGUCAGAGUUGGCCGUGUUCAGUAUGUCUCUUGUCAACCAUGGCCUAUGCCCUCCUCCUUAAUGAUUGGUUGCUUAGCUGUGGCAGUGUCUACAGAAAUUAAAGUUGACAAGAAUGAAAUAGAGGAUGCCCGCUGGUUCACUAGAGAACAGGUUGUGGAUGUUCUGACCAAAGGGAAGCAGCAGGCAUUCUUUGUGCCACCAAGCCGAGCUAUUGCACAUCAACUAAUCAAACACUGGAUUGGAAUGAACCCCAAUCUCUAAAUCAAAUAACUAAACUUUGACUAUGUCUAA